AUGGCAGUUAAAUGUCUUCAACUGCCUUUGAACAUGAUGGUUGUGUCCCAGGAGCAGAUUUUUGAUUAUUUUCUAUACCAGCCAUGUCCUGUCACUAAUGGGACAAACCAGCCUGUUAAACAUUGUACAGGUGUAGAUUAUGCAACAGAUUGUUUAGAGGAACUCAUCGCACGUCCUCAGUACAUGUUGGCAAUAAUUGUUGCUUUCUCAUUAUUAUCAACAAUGCUCACUGCAUCUCAUGCCCAAUCUGGUUUUCUUUCAGUGGAUGGCUGCAUUGACUGGUCAGUGGAUCUCAAGACAUACAUGGCUUUGGCAGGUGAACCAGUCCGAGUGAAAUGUGCCCUUUUCUACAGUUACAUUCGUACCAACUAUAGCAUGGCCCAGAGCACUGGGCUCAGGCUGAUGUGGUACAAAAACAAAGGUGAUUUGGAAGAGCCCAUCAUCUUUUCAGAGGUCAGGAUGAGCAAAGAGGAAGAUUCAAUAUGGUUUCACUCAGCUGAGGCACAAGACAGUGGAUUCUACACUUGUGUUUUAAGAAACUCGACAUAUUGCAUGAAGGUGUCAAUGUCCUUGACUGUUGCAGAGAAUGAAUCAGGUCUGUGCUACAAUAGCAGGAUCCGCUAUUUGGAAAAAUCUGAAGUCACUAAAAGAAAGGAGAUAUCCUGCCCAGACAUGGAUGACUUUAAAAAGUCCGAUCAGGAGCCUGAUGUUGUGUGGUACAAGGAAUGCAAGCCAAAAAUGUGGAGAAGCAUCAUAAUACAGAAAGGAAAUGCCCUUCUAAUCCAGGAAGUUCAAGAAGAAGAUGGAGGAAAUUACACUUGUGAGCUUAAGUAUGAAGGAAAACUUGUAAGAAGAACAACUGAAUUGAAAGUUACAGCUUUACUCACAGACAAACCUCCCAAGCCAUUGUUCCCCAUGGAGAAUCAGCCAAGUGUUAUAGAUGUCCAGCUGGGUAAGCCUCUGAACAUCCCUUGCAAAGCAUUCUUUGGAUUCAGUGGAGAGUCCGGACCAAUGAUCUACUGGAUGAAAGGGGAGAAGUUUAUUGAGGAACUGGCAGGUCACAUUAGAGAAGGUGAAAUAAGGCUCCUCAAAGAGCAUCUUGGAGAAAAAGAAGUUGAGUUGGCACUCAUCUUUGAUUCAGUGGUGGAGGCUGACCUGGCAAAUUAUACCUGCCAUGUGGAAAACCGAAAUGGACGAAAACAUGCAAGUGUUCUGCUGCGUAAAAAGGAUUUAAUCUACAAAAUUGAACUUGCAGGAGGCCUGGGAGCAAUCUUCCUCCUCCUUGUACUGCUCGUGGUCAUCUACAAAUGCUACAAUAUUGAAUUGAUGCUCUUCUACCGACAGCAUUUUGGAGGUGAUGAAACUGCAGAUGACAACAAGGAAUAUGAUGCCUAUCUCUCUUACACAAAAGUGGACCAAGAUACUUUGGAAUGUGACAACCCUGAAGAAGAGCAGUUUGCUCUUGAAAUACUGCCAGAUGUGCUAGAAAAACACUAUGGAUAUAAACUCUUCAUCCCAGAAAGAGACCUAAUUCCAAGUGGAACCUACAUUGAAGAUCUCACAAGAUGUGUUGAGCAAAGCAGAAGACUUAUUAUCGUGCUAACUCCAGACUAUAUUCUCAGACGAGGAUGGAGUGUUUUCGAAUUGGAAAGCAGACUCCAUAACAUGCUAGUCAGUGGAGAAAUCAAAGUGAUUUUGAUUGAAUGUACAGAAUUAAAGGGGAAGGUGAAUUGCCAGGAAGUGGAGUCACUAAAGCGCAGCAUCAAACUUCUGUCCUUGAUCAAGUGGAAGGGACCCAAGAGCAGCAAAUUAAAUUCUAAGUUUUGGAAGCACUUAGUAUAUGAAAUGCCCAUCAGGAAAAAAGAAAUGCUUUCUCAGUGUCAUGUUCUGGACUCCGCAGAACAAGGACUUUUUGGAGAACUCCAGCCUAUACCAUCUAUUGCCAUGACCAGUACCUCAGCCUCUCUGGUGUCAUCUCAAGCUGAUCUCCCAGAGUUCCACCAUUCAGAUUCGAUGCAAAUGAGGCACUGUUGCAGAGGUUAUAAACACGAGAUGCCAACCACCACUUUGCCAGUACCUUCCUUAGGCAACCACCACACUUAUUGUAACCUGCCUCCGACACUACUCAAUGGACAGCUACCCCUUAAUAAUGCCCUGAAAGAUACCCAGGAAUUUCAUAGGAACAGUUCCCUGCUACCUUUAUCAUCCAAAGAGCUUAGCUUCACCAGUGAUAUUUGGUAG